AUGACCGCUGAUACCAUUAUGAGCAACACCUCUACAAUCAUCACUCUUGUCGUUGGCGCAGAGCAGCGCCUCUUCGCCGCUCACGAAGACGUUCUACGAUCGAGUUCCUUCUUCGCCAAUGCCCUUCGAAAUGGAUACAUGGAUCCCACAACCAAGAGAAUCGCUCUUCCCGAUGAGGAACCCGAGAUCUUCAGCUCCGUCUUGGAGUUUCUGUACAAGGGCGACUACUUCCCUCGCCUUGUUCACAACAAGCGAAGGAACUCAUAUGAACUGGAGCCCACACCCGAAGAAGAUAGUGCUGCCGCCGAGAGCACCGUCUACCACCGGAACGUAGAGGGCGAUCUCCUCAAAGAUACUGUCAUCUACUGUGCCGCGGAGCGGUACGGCCUCACUGAACUCAAGAAGAUUGCUCUUCGCAAGCAAGGUCUUCAAUCUGGCAUCCAGUGCAGCACCAUUCUUGCCUCGGCCCGCUAUGCCUACGCCAACACGCCCGACAGCGACUCCAAGCUUCGCGCGCACUACCUCGCUCUCAUCAUCCGCUCCCGUUCGACCUUCAAGCGCAGCGGCACAAUGCAGUUGGAAAUGUACAACGGUGGCUCACAGCUCUUCUUCGACCUCUUUGUGGCGCUGAGCAACCACGUUGACGAUAUCUCUUCUGCCUCCGGGACGCCUCGCUCCAACCGCUUUAUCUGA